AAUCCUUUGAAGAAUCCCGCUGAUGAAGUUUUGUCCUUCACAGAUGCCGUAUGUUAGUGUUGUCGUAUAAUAGACAUGCGCAGUGUAGGUCUUACUGUCAGUCUUAUAAAGAAGCGUUUAAAGGAGCAGUAGGAUGGAUAGCGGUGAGGGUCCUGCUCGGCCGGUUACCCUGGACAUAGCUGUGGAGGAUUUCGCCAAUGAUUCUCUAGCCCCUGAUCAAACCAUCUCCCACCAUGCCUUCCUACUCCCGGAGGAAACCAUCGACCUCGGGGGGGAAUGUGUCACCCCUCUGGAAGACAGCACUGCCACACCCUCAGAGAGCCUGCUGGAAAGACUCAAUGACCAGAUGAUGGAGAGUGUCAUGAUUUCAGAUUCGCCUAAUGUCAGCGAAGAGGAUGAUGUGGCUCCUAUCGACUCCUUUCUGGAGACAGCUGACAAUGAAGAUACAGGAGAGCUGGAGGCUUCAGUCAGCGCAGUUGGAAAACCUGAUGUCAUUCUGCAUGCUAGUGAGACAGAAGCUGAGUUGGACCAACAGGAGUCUGAGAGUCCUGACCAAGAAGUGAAGGAGGAGGAGGAGGAGGAGAAUGACCAGAAGGGCCAGCAGGGUGAAAAGGGGGAGACGGUCACUGUUUUGGUGUCUGCCGCUCACACACCGAGUCCGCCUAGUGCUAUGGAUGAAGACCUGGCAAUGCCUUCUCUAAUGGAGGAAAGUUUGAAAGACGAGCCUGUGCCGGUUUGCACCAUAUUCAGUCAAGGCAACCAGCCCAAGACACUGGUGCCCGAUGGUUUCCAGCCCACGCUCAUCAAGUCUCCCAGCUUCAGCAUGGCCAGUGGCGGGGGAAGUGACGAAACGGGCACGCCCAGCAAGCUGACCCCGCCGCUGGUGUGUCAGCCCAGCCCCAGCCUUAGCAAGUUCUUCAGCGACAACGGCCACAUGAACCCGGCCUCGGACUUCUUCGACUCAUUCACCACCUCCUCCACUUCCUCCUUCAUCUCCGUUUCAAACCCGAACGCCGAAGCCCACAUCACCCCGCCCACACCCGAACCAGUGACCCCAGAACAGCAGCGCUCCUCCACCGGCUCUUCCCUCUCCACCCCGCACGCCGGACCUCAAGGGGACUCCCUGUUUGGGGCGAUCUCCGGCGAAAGCUCCACUCCCUUGGUCCAGGCGCAGCCCCCUCUUCCCCAGGGGCUCCCGGCCGUACCGCCGCAGCCCCAGCACUUCAACCAGCUACAGGCCGCCUUCUCCGGCAGCGACGACCCGUUCGCCACGGCGCUGAGUCUGAGCGAGGUGGACCGGCGCCAUGAUGCCUGGCUGCCCUCCACUGAGACCAGGAAGGUGCUCAUGGCGGUGGCCACCCAGCAGUACAACCAGGCUUACGUGGAGAGGGACAGAAUAACCAUGCCCGGCCUCAAGUUUGACAACCUACAGAGCGACGCAGUGAAAGACCUGAUGCUGCGGUUCCUGGGUGAGCAGGCGGCGAUGAAGAGACAGGUCCUCAACGCAAACUCCGUAGAGCAGUCCUUCCUGGGCCUGAAGCAGCUCAUUAGCGGUAAGAACUGGCGCGCGGCGGCGGACCUGACGGGCCGGCUGCUGACAGCUCACGGCCAGGGCUACGGCAAGAGCGGCCAGCGCACCUCCCACACCAGCGACUCCCUGCAGCUGUGGUUUGUGAGGCUGGCCCUGCUGUGUAAGCUCAACCUGUUCCAGAGUGCAGAGAUGGAGAUGGAGCCCUUCGGUAACCUGGACCAGCCGGACCUCUACUACGAGUACUACCCCACUGUUUACCCAGGGAGGAGAGGCUCCAUGGUGCCGUUCUCCAUGCGCCUGCUGCAUGCUGAACUCCCCCAGUACCUGGCCAAGCCCCAGGACGCCCUGGACCACCUGCACAGCCUCAAGAACGCCUGUACCACUAUCCUGAAGAACCUGGAGCAGGGCUUGGCAGAGGACGGCAGCAUGACCACACUCACACAGGAGAACAGACAAGCAUCCAUUCAGCUGUGGAGCUCUCGCCUCACCCGGUCCAUGUACUCCAUAGCCAACUGUCUGCUGUCCAUGAAGGACUAUGUCAUGGCGGUGGAGAUCUAUCACUCCAUCAUCCAGUACGAACCCCAGCAGAGAGUGCAGCUGCUCAGCGGCAGACGCAUCUUCCUGCAGAUCGGUGAUAUUAAAACAGCUGAGAGAUAUUUCCAGGAUGUGGAGAAAGCAUGCCAAGCGACAGGGAGUCAUCCCAGUCACACCACGAACGUGUUGAUGAACAGGUUUGUCAUUUUAUCAGUGUCUCUGCAUCUAUCAAUCAUUUAGCACCUGGGUGUGUGU